CCACAUCACCAUCACCAUCAUGUCCUCUCUCUCCUGCACCCUCCUCCCGCCUCGCUGCUCUCUCUCUCGUCUUCCUUCAUCGUUCCUCACCUCACUCCAUACAACGCUCGAACACAUCAUCAUCAUCAAAUAUAUAUACACACACUCAGCUAUAGGACGGCAAUGAGGAAACCGGAGUGCCCAGCGGCGAACAGCAGCAAUGCGGGGGCGGCGGCCGCGAAGCUGCGGAAGGGGCUGUGGUCGCCGGAGGAGGACGAGAGGCUGGUGGCGUACAUGCUGCGGAGUGGACAGGGUUCUUGGAGCGAUGUGGCCCGGAACGCCGGGUUGCAGCGGUGCGGCAAGAGCUGCCGCCUCCGGUGGAUCAACUACCUCCGGCCGGACCUCAAGCGCGGCGCCUUCUCGCCGCAGGAGGAGGAGCUCAUCGUCAGCCUCCACGCCAUCCUGGGAAACAGGUGGUCUCAGAUUGCUGCCCGGUUGCCGGGGCGCACCGACAACGAGAUCAAGAACUUCUGGAACUCCACCAUCAAGAAGCGGCUCAAGAACAGCUCGGCAGCUUCGUCACCAGCAGCUACGGACUGCGCGUCGCCGGAGCCUAAUAACAAGGUCGCCGCCGCCGGUAGCUGCCCGGAUCUUUCCGUCCUAGAUCAUCAGGACGGUGGCCACCACCACGCAAUGACGACGACGACUGCAGGUUUGUGGAUGGUGGACUCAUCCUCCUCUUGUACCUCGUCGACCUCGCCAAUGCAUCAGUUUCAGAGGCCGACGACGACGAUGGCAGCGGCCGUGGCCAGCGGGAGCUAUGGAGGUCUCGUCCCCUUCCCUGACCAGGUCCGUGGUGUUGUGGCCGACACGGGAGGGUUCUUUCAUGGCCACGCGGCGCCAGCGUUCAAGCACCAAGUUGCCGCAUUGCACGGUGGUGGUUAUUACUACGGCAGCGCUCCUCGUCACCAUGGAAUGACGACGACGACGACGACGGUGGCAUUGGAAGGAAGCGGUGGAUGCUUCAUAUCUGGCGAAGGCAUGCUUGGUGUGCCCCCUCUGCUGUUAGAGCCCAUGUCAGCAGCGCUAGAGCAAGACCAAGGCCAGACCUUGAUGGCAUCAAGUGGUAACAACAACCCUAAAAACAACAGCAGCAGCAACACUACUGAUACUACGACUACCACGACACUGAGCAACAAUGAGAGCAACGUCACAGACACCACCACCAAGGACAACACCACCAACACCAUCAGCCAAGUGAACAGUGGCAGCAAUAAUGUCUACUGGGAGGGGGCCCGCCAGCAGUACAUGAGCAGGAAUGUCAUGCAUGGGGAGUGGGACCUGGAGGAGCUGAUGAAAGAUGUGUCAUCCUUGCCUUUUCUUGAUUUCCAAGUUGAAUGAUUGGGAGGGCCGUGUUGCAUCUCCAGCUGGCGAUCAAUGGAAGGAGUAGUACAUAUAUACAUGCAUAUAUAUACAACUAUACAUAUAUACUUAUACGUCAAGAUUAGUAUUUUUGCAUCCUUGACAUUGCUAUUGGAUCCAAUGUAAAAGAUUUUUCUCUUCCCACAGCUACUUCACCUCACUUUUUGGUCCGAUCCCACACAUGUUUUGGGUUAUUCAUCCUCUUGUAUACAAAUUAAAGGCAUUCAUGCCAUGCAAAUAAUUCAAUCAAGUCCUGAGCUAUACUAUAUAGAA